GUUCAACCUGCUGGAGAGUGAUAUUGAGCAGGUGAGUCAGCUAGCAGCGUUGGUCCAGGCCCAGGUGGAGUAUCACAGACAAGCUACAGAAAUACUACAGCAGCUCUCCAGCAAGGUGCACGAGAGGAUUCGGGAGGCACAGGAUAAACCCAGGAAGGAGUAUGUUCCUAAACCCCGGAUGGUCCUGGAGCUGCUUCCCUCCAGCGACAGCCACAAUGAGGGGCUCAACACCGCCCCAGGCCCCGCUCGCUCCCCAGGCCCCGCCCGCUCCCCAGGCCCCGCCCACUCCCCAGGCCCUGCCCACUCCACAGGCCCCGCCCACUCCCCAGGCCCCGCCCACUCCACAGGCCCCCAACGCACUCCUGGGCGCUCCCCAGUUCCUAUGGACCAGCCGUGCUGCCGGGCGCUGUAUGACUUUGACCCGGAGAACGAGGGUGAGAUGGGCUUCAAGGAGGGCGACGUCAUCACGCUAACCAAUCAGAUCGACGAUAACUGGUACGAGGGCAUGAUCAACGGCCAAUCAGGUUUCUUCCCCAUCAACUACGUAGAUAUCCUGGUUCCACUUCCUCAUUAGGCCGUACCCCCGACCCCACCCAAACCCCCCCCCCUGCCUCUGCCUAACCUAAGCCACGCCUUCUUCUCUUCGCUUAUGUGAGAUGCUUUUCACAACUUUGAGGAACAAAAGACUGCAAUUGUACAGGAUUCUGCUGAUAGACGAAGAAGAGGAGGAGAAUAAUAAAAGAGAGAUGAAGAAUCGUCUGCUUCAUCCCCCUCAGGGGGAUCAGUGUACUUGCAGUGGUGAAUGUCUGUAUUACAGAGGGGAUGAUUUUAGAGAUGGAUUCCUGUGUAGAGCAGUGGAGGCUGCUGAGGGGAGGACGGCUCAUAAUAAUGGCUGGAAUAAAACACAUAAACCCUCCUGUAGGUUUUAACUCCAACCCUGUUCCUACGUACAAGUAAUGUAUUGUCCUGUUUUUAUCUCUUCUACACCAGCAGUCUCAAGCGCUAUCUUUUUCUGCUCGCUCUCGCUCUCUCUCUCUCUCUCUCUCUCUCUCUCUCUCUCUCUCUCUCUCUCUCUCUCUCUCUCUCUC